GGAUGACGGCUGGGCGGCGGAGGGCGGGAACAGGCCCGGCCGUGUCGAGAGCUACAGCCGUGUUAGCUUCGCAAGCGCUGGCCGGGGUACGUCAGUCACACAUCUCCAUGCCACCCGGCCGGUCUGAUACUUGUCGCUUGUCCUCGUGGGCGCCUGUAACUCUCCCUCCCUUUUCUUCCCACUCAUCCCUCGCCCAGCUCCUGUCCCCGCCCCUCCGCUUCUCUCUCUCCCCUGAAUUCAUUCCUUUGUCUGGCCGGCCGGACGACGCUCGUUUGGUAUUCUAAACUAUCUGGGACAGUAAUCCUGCACAAUGGGCGAGAACUUCUUCCAACGUGAAUUUCUCCAGCCUCGUCGCCUCGCCUUCAAUGUCAUCUUCUAUGGCCUCCAUCUGUUCUUCUUCGCGUACGGAUGGCAUAGCCAGGAAACCAACAAGAAGUUGUCGGCUCUGAACGCGCUAACGUGGUCGGUGUGGACCUCUCGGGGUGCUGGUCUGGUUCUCGCCUUCGAUGGAGGUCUCAUCCUCGUCCCCAUGUUGCGGAACGUUAUCCGUGUUGUCCGCCCCCGCCUCGCGUGGCUCUUCCCCGCCGACGAGAACAUCUGGUUCCAUCGUCAAGUCGCCUACUCGAUGGCGUUUUGGGCCAUGGUCCACACUACGGCGCACUACGUCAACUUCUUCAACGUUGAGCGUACUCAGGUCCGUCCUGAGAUCGCCCUGGACAUUCACUACAAGCAGGCGGGAGGCAUAUCUGGCCACUUCAUGCUUCUCAUCAUGGUCCUCAUGUAUACCACGGCGCACCACAAAAUCCGCCACCAGUGCUUCGAGGCGUUCUGGUACACUCAUCACCUCGCGUUUUUCUUCAUGAUUGGUCUUUACGCCCAUGCCACCGGAUGUUUCGUCCGUGACUCUCCUGGUCCCGACUACAUUUCCUCGUUCCCCUUCUACUCGACGGAACACUGUUUGGGAUACGAGAGUUGGCGGUUCACCAUCUGGCCCGGCAUCAUCUACUUUGGAGAGAGGGUCUGGCGCGAGAUUAGGGCAAGGCGUGCAACUCGCCUGUCCAAGGUCCUCGUCCACCCGAGCGGUGCCAUGGAGCUGCGUAUCAUCAAGCCCAGCUUCAAAUAUGUCGCCGGCCAGUGGCUGUUCAUUCAGGUUCCUGACGUCUCUGGCUGGCAGUGGCACCCGUUCACCAUCACCUCUGCCCCCGAGGACCCUUACGUCUCUGUCCACAUCCGUCAGGUCGGUGACUGGACCUAUGCAUUGGGAGAACGCGUUGGUGCUGGUCCCCAGGUGGUCGCGGCCAUGACCAAGGCUGCGUUGAAGGGUGAUGAGAAGGACGAUCGCGCCUAUGGCUCCCGCGGUGACUUCGUCGAGAUCGACUCUACGGGUCGCGCUCUUCCGGCUGUGCGCAUCGACGGUCCCUACGGUGCUCCGGCCGAGGACGUCUUCAACGUCGAGGUCGCCGUCCUCGUUGGUGCUGGUAUCGGUGUCACGCCGUUUGCGUCCAUCCUCAAGCACAUCUGGUACCGCCAGAAGAAGGGUACCCUGGGCUCCCUCAAGCGUGUCGAGUUCUUCUGGGUCUGCCGUGACGCUCCCUCCUUCGGCUGGUUCCAGACUCUCCUCCAGGAGGUCGAGGCCGCUCAGGCCGAUCCCAACUUCCUGCGCAUCAACAUCUACCUCACGCAGAAGAUCUCCGAGGACAUGCUCUGGAACAUUGCUGUCAACGACGCGGGCGCCGAGUACGACCCGCUUACGCUCCUUCGUACGCGCACCAUGUUCGGCCGUCCCGACUGGAAGAGCAUCUACGCCCGCAUGAGCCAGGCCAUCCAGAGCGGCCAGUACCUGCCCGGCACCAGCGCGCAGCUCAAGACCACCGUCGGCACGUACUUCUGCGGCCCGGGUGUCCUCGCUAAGGCUAUCAAGGAGGCGACUGUGGCUGCCCAGUGCUCGUCUAUCAACUUCACGUUCGCGAAGGAACACUUCUAAGCUCCGGAUGAUGCCAAGACCGUCGAGGUUUACCCGAGUUGCCCGCUGUAUUACUCCCACGAUUUGUUGAGAUGUUGUCGAGUUCCCUGCUGUGUAUACGAUGAGCGGUGCUUUAUAUUAUUCUUGAACUGCUGUCGAG